CGCCCCAGCCCGCAGAGCAUGGGGCGCGACGGGCACGGCGAGACGGGGCCGGGGGGGCCCAAGAGCCCGCCCGUGGCUCUUUAGCAAGGGGCACCCGUCCCCGACCCCCUCCCCGGGAGAGGGGCCUAUGGGUGGCGGACGGAGGGAUGCUCGGCCGGGCGGCAGGGAGGAAGAGCUACAGCCCCUACUCCGUGGGGCGCCGCCGGACGGGUAAAGCCCACUCGCCCACUCGCUGCCUGGACUCGUUGCCCCACGCGCCCGCCGUGCGGCUGACGGACCUCUCCCGCAAGGAUUGCCUGGAGGCGCCCGGCUCCGGCCUGGGGGAGCUGCCCCCCGCCAGCUCCAAGCUCAGCACCAGCCCCAGCGCCGUGGGCACCCUGAAGCGCCCCACCAGCCUCAGCCGCCAUGCCAGCGCCGCCGGCUUCCCCCUCACCGCCUCCGUCCCCAGGGCCGUGCCCAAGGGCCACAAGACCCCCACGUCCUACAGCCCCAUGGACGGCGGGGAGGGCCCCUUCAUCGACACGGAGGACAUCUCCCAGCUGCUGACAGAUGUGGCCCGCUUCGCCGACGCCCUGGAGAACCUGCGGGACGUGGUGCUGCGCGACGACCCCAAGGAGCCGCAGCGGCCGCUGGCCCACGAGUGCCUGGGCGAAACCCUGCGCAUCCUGCGCCAGGUCAUCAAUAAAUACCCGCUGCUCAACACCCUGGAGACCCUGACAGCCGCCGGGACCCUCAUCUCCAAAGUCAAGGGUUUCCAUUACGAAUCCAACAAUGAGACGGACAAGCGGGAGUUCGAGAAGGCCGUGGAGACCAUCGCGGUGUCCUUCAGCAGCACCGUGUCCGAGUUCCUCAUGGGGGAGGUGGACAGCAGCACCAUCCUCUCCAUCCCACCCAGCGACCAGAACCAGUCCAUGGAGAGCCUCUACGGGGGGAUCCCGGGGCCUGGAGGAGACGGCCUGCCUUCGGGCAUGGAGAGCUACGACGCGGGCCGCCCUCCUGCCGAGGAAGUGGACGUGAUGCUGCAGCGCUGCGAGGGGGGGGUAGACGCUGCCCUCCAGUACGCCAAAAACAUCUCCAAGUACAUGAAGGACCUCAUCGGAUACCUGGAGAAAAGGACCACGCUGGAGAUGGAGUUUGCCAAAGGGCUUCAGAAGAUGGCAAACAGCUGCAAGCAAACCAUCAGUCAGGAGACCAGCAUGCCAUUCCUGUCCAUCUACCUGCUGGCGCUGGAGCAGGACAUGGAGCACGGGACGUCGGUUCUGCAGGCGGCCAACACCCUGCAGCAGCAAACCUUCCUCCAGCCGCUGACGGUGAGGCGCCUUGAGCAUGAAAAGCGGAGGAAGGAGAUCAAGGAGCAGUGGCACCGGGCGCAGAGGAAGCUGCAAGAGGCGGAGGUGAACCUGCGCAAGGCCAAGCAGAUCUACAUGCAGCGCAGCGAGGAGCACGACAAGGCCAAGUAUGUGGCAGUGAAGGCAGAGGAAGAGCAGCAGAACACCACCAGCAGCAUCACCACCAAAACCCUGGACAAGAAGCGGCGGCUGGAAGAGGAAGCCAAGAACAAGGCAGAAGAGGCGAUGGCCACGUACCGGACCUGUGUCGCGGAUGCCAACACCCAGAAGCAGGAGCUGGAGGACACCAAGGUGAACUCCUUGCGGCAGAUCCACGAAGUGAUCAAACAGAGCGACCAGGUCAUCAAGACGGCCACGAUCUCCUUCUACCAGAUCAUGCACAUGCAGACGGCUCCGCUGCCCGUCAACUUCCAGACGCUGUGCGAGAGCAGCAAGCUCUACGACCCCGGGCAGCAGUACGCCUCUCACGUCAAGCAGCUGCAGCGCGGGGACGAGCCUGACACCCAGUACGACUUCGAGCCCUACGUGUCACACAACGCCUGGUCUCCCUUCACGCGCACGCGGAAGGGCAGCUUCAACGCCAGUGAUUUCUCCCCAAACGCCGGCUCCGACGGGGCUGGGCCGGUCUCGGAAGGAGGAGCGGGAGCCAAGGAGCAGCAGAGCGGGGCUGUGGGGGCCGAGCGGAGAGGUGGGAGAGGACACCAGGUCCACAAAUCCUGGCCGACCUCCGUCACUGAAGGCGACAGCAGCCUGGAUUCGAGCGCAGGUGAAUUCAGCCACAAACUCCAGCGGCUGUCUUCCAACGGCACCAUGUCCUCCAGCGAAGAGCUGGAGGAGAAGGAGGAGAACGCCACCCCCUUCGAGCAGAGCAUCAACGGGAUGACCCCAGAGAUGACGGCUCCGACGGGGCCCUUCCGAAACGUUGGCUUGUCCAAGGCUGCCCAGACUCACCGGCUGAGGAAGCUCCGCGCCCCUUCCAAAUGCCGGGAGUGCAACAGCUACGUUUACUUCCAGGGAGCAGAAUGCGAGGAGUGCUACCUGGCCUGCCACAAGAAGUGUCUGGAAACCUUGGCCAUCCAGUGCGGGCACAAGAAGCUCCAAGGGAAGCUGCAGCUUUUCGGGCAAGACUUCACCAAGGCUUCUCAGAGCAGCUCGGAUGGCAUCCCCUUCAUCAUCAAGAAGUGCAUUUCGGAGAUAGAGAAGCGGGCGCUGAAAACCAAGGGCAUCUACCGGGUUAACGGUGUCAAGACCCGGGUGGAGAAGCUUUGCCAGGCAUUUGAGAAUGGGAAAGAGCUGGUGGAGCUUUCCCAGGCCUCCCCUCAUGAUAUCAGCAACGUCUUGAAGCUCUACCUGAGACAGCUGCCGGAGCCCAUUAUGCCCUUCCGCAUGUACAACGAGCUGAUGGGGCUGGCCAAGGAGAGCCUGCAGGGCGGCGAGGGCAAGGGCAAGAGCGGGAAGGGGGGCCCCGAGCUGGUGGACAGAGGAGCCGACACCGACAAGGUGGUGGCGAACCUGGUGCUGAAGCUGAAGGAGCUGCUGAAGGAGCUGCCCUUGGAGAACAUGGCCACGCUGCAGUACCUCCUGCAGCACCUGAGAAGGAUCGUGGAAGUGGAGCAGGACAACAAGAUGACCUCCAGCAACCUGGGCAUCGUCUUCGGGCCAACGCUGAUGCGCCCGCGGCCCACGGAUGCCACUAUUUCCUUGUCCUCGCUGGUCGAUUAUCCCCACCAAGCUCGCAUCGUCGAGGCGCUCAUCAUCUUCUAUUCCACCAUCUUUGAGAACAAGGAGAGCGCGGUGCUGGGUGACUCCAGCAAAUACUCCACGGAGAGCAAGGAGGAGGCAGCCGGCUGCUCGGACCUGGCCAGCGGAGGCUCCCAGCCCGCAGCUCCUCCCGGCAGCGCCCCCGACCUGCCUUCGGAGAAGGGGAAUUUGGGUUACGGCACCGACUCAUUCGCAGAGUCCGGCGACCGCUCCGUUGACUCCGACUCCGAGCUGGAGGACAGCGGGGAGCUGCUGGCCACCGCCGGGGUCCCAGGAACCCAUCUCAGGAAACAGGAGAGCGAGACCAGCACGGAUGACGCUCAGUUCUGCGACGAAGGGAGCGAGGGGCAGCGGAGCCGGAGCUGCAGCAUGGGGCAGUCGGACGCGGAGGGCAGCGCUCCCCGCUGCCGCAGCCCCCCGGGAGAAGAGCAAAGCGACGCAGAAGAAUACCCUGAGAGCCGCCUCUCCGCUGCCGACACGGACCGCAACACAAACCAGUCCAACAACACACCCUCGCCCGCCGCUGCCCCGUCUCUGGCAGCCAGGAGCCGAGGGGGUGGCGAGGGGCGGCCCCGGUUUAUCUAAGCCACCCAACAAAAGCGCCGCGGACGCUGGGACAGGGCAAAGGGGCAGAACCGGCCACUGCCCGGCGACGCGCAGAGCUGCGAUGGCGAGGGUGGGGAGGGCCGGCACGGAGCCCUGGGCAGCUCGGGGGGGUUCGGUGUGUCAGCUGCAGGCAAGUCCUCCCUGUUCCGUGGCUGGAGCUUUCACACAAACCCCCCGAGCUCCUCGGCUCCCGACAGGGGACGUCGGGCCAGGCUGCCCCGACUGCGGGGAGCCGUCAGGUCCAGCAGCCCAGAACCGCGUUUCUUGGGAAGGAGCUGAAGCCUGGAGCCCCCUCGCUGCUUAUUCCAGACUGGGAAGGAACCCAGGGCUUUGCUGUGCCCGUGCCGGGUCACAGGCUUAAUUUUUGCCGCGCUCCUUAAUCCCACGCCUCUGCUGCAGAAAACGAGGUAGGAAGAGUCCAGAGAUCCGAUCACCCUCGCUGGCUGCGGCUGGAGGGGAGAGGAGGUGACACAGGGAGAGGUCCCCAUCAGAAGGGCACUGCAGCCAGGCUCGGACAGACGGACAACGCCGAGCACCAGGCUCCGCCAGCGCAGGGAAUGGCUCGCCGGGAAGGGGACGCGGCCGCAGGAGCGCUGGGUUCAGCGCAGCCGGGUAAAAUCCACCCGCGCCAUCUCGCGCGGAGCCAUCCUCGGCUGCAGGGCCACGACCGCACCGUCUGCCGGGCCCUGCCAGGUACAUUUAUCGUCUCUAACUGACUGUAGCGGGCACCCCACGUCCGGCCACGCAUCUACUGCCUCGACACUUCCAAGCACCGGAGGGCUCAGCCGGCGCCGUGCCCUGCCGGGCUCGCCUGACGAGCUUCGCGUUGCUGCUUGUAUUUACGGGCAUUUUUCUACCUGGAGGAGCCACGGAAAGAGCAGCCCCAGGCUGUGAGCAAGCUCAGGGGUUUUCCUGGCUGCAGGGUCCCGAGCGUUGCCUGAUCUCUCAGGGUUUUGGGGUUUUUUGAUAGAAAAUCGGUCUCCAAAAAUCCAAGCUGCGAGUCCAGGACUGCACCUUUGCUCUUCCGGCUGGCUCCGAGUGCAGCUGGGCAGGGAGCAGGUCACCAAGGGGACACGCCGCCUCCUUGGCACCGUCACAGCCCGAACCGAGUCCCAGCCCCUGCCAGUGUCAGAGGCUUUUUGUUUUGUUUUUUCUUUUUUUUGUAAAGAGAUAACCCUUCAACAUGAACCCACUACCUCUGCUGGCAAAGGAACUUCAAGGGUCAAACAAGACCAGUUGAAAUAUAUUUUUUUUAAAGCUACGAGACUUUUCUGCACUGAAGCAUAGAGAAACAAGUAAUUUUAAGUUUAAAAAGAGCUGAAAGCUGUUUCCUUCUGUUCCCCUGCUUGCGCCUGGGCUGCGUUCCUGCCGUCACUGCCGAGCGUGCCACCAGACCUGGCCCAGCAGGGACCGAGCGCGCCCGGCCAGGGACAGAGCAAAGGCACCUCGCACGCGGGCGACGCGCAGCCCACGGCUCCUGAGCAAUUGCAGAAAUCCAAAGCUGUUUUCUAGUAAUUAGCCACCCCCUUCCUCGGGGGGGAUGCUGGACGCCAGCUCCUCUCUCGCUCCCUCCGCUCGCGCGUCAAGAGCGGCCACCCCAAGGGGACAGCGAGGGGAGGGCAGAGGCCAAGGAAGCCAAGCGGGAGCGACGUUCCAGCUGAAGAUCCACUGAGGGGUGGCCGGGGGGUUACACGCGCCUCGUUAGUGUAGAGCCGCGCGAUCAACCAGACAUUUGACCCCUCAGAGGAUCAGCCUCCAGCACAGGGAGAGCCUGGGCUCUGCUUCCCAGAGCUCUGCAAGACUAUCGGAAACGCAUCUCGGCAGAGUCGCUUAAAGGUACACAAACCCGAAGCCGAACGGUUUCUAACUGAGCCAAAGAAGAGCCAGAGGCAGCCGUGAGCCGUUCCGCUCCGCAGCUCUUCAACAAGAGGGUUGGAUUUUUUCCAGCAGCUCAAUUCCACGGUAGCAAGAGGAACGAGGCCGAGGGCCCUCGCUACCAGCACUGCUACCCCCGGCGGUACCGCGUGUGUGUGCGAGGAUGGAUGGCGGGUGAAUGCGAGUGAGGGAAGGGACGAAAGCUGCGCUUGAGCUUCACACAGGAACAGGCACCCUUCUGGUUGUACAUUAAUUCGGCGUGGAAAAAGUAAAGCGUGUUUGCUAUGGCGUGCCUGUACUGCUGUAUGAAGCCGCGUAACAUGUUUUGCUGUGAUCAGAUUGACUUGCUUCCAAAAAAAUAAAUAAAAUCAGCG